AUGUCGCCGCCUACUAUGGAACAAAGUGGAUAUUUAAGCACAUUGGAAGACUUAGCUAGCACUUUACAAAAAACACAAACUAAUUUAAAGAAGUGUCCUAAGCAGCGAUUAACGGAAGGGUAUAUCACAGCGCGAUUGCAGACAAUUGAAGGGUAUUGGGCAUCGUUUAAGCAAGCUCACAACGGUCUUGUUAAGUGUACGCCACGGGAACAGAAGGGAGUAUUGACAUACUUCCUGAACGAAGAAUAUUACUUAUAUGAAGAUUUGUAUCUUAACUUAGAAGCCGACUUACGGGAUUUAUUAAUUAAAUUGAAACAACCGAAUCAAUCCACUCCGCCGUGUGAUAAUAUGUCAAUAGCAUGCGUAGAAGGUCAACAAUCGGUUUCUAAGUUACCCAGGAUACAAUUGCCAACUUUUUCGGGAAGAUAUGAAGACUGGCCCUCUUAUCAAGAUUUAUUUAAAGCGCUCGUUCAUGACACUUCAUUAGGGGAUGUACAGAAAUUACAUUAUUUAAAAACAAGUGUUUGUGGUGAAGCCGAGAUGUUGUUAAGAAAUAUACCUAUUACCGGGUCGAAUUAUAAACAAGCGUGGGAUACAUUAAAGGGCCGUUUUGGAAACAAAAAGAUGAUUGUUACUUCUAUUUUAAAAAGAUUAUUUAACCAAAAGAAAGUAGUGAACCAGUCUGCAAGUCAAAUUAAAGCGAUAUUAGAUACAACAACAGAGUGCAUACAGAGCCUUAAUAAUUUGACUAUUAACACCGAUUCUUGGGAUCCUAUAAUUAUAUUUCUGGUGGGGCAGAAGUUGGAUACAGAGUCGUUAAAGGACUGGGAGGAACUUACACACAAGGAUGGAAGUGAUGAAUUAUCUACAUGGUCAGAACUGAAGAAGUUUCUUGAAGCUAAGUUUCGUACACUUGAACUUGUCACGCCAGUAACAACAUCUACUAGGGAGAAACCUUCAACAUAUAAGUCACAUCACGCCACAGUCGAAGACGGCCGCCGGGAUAUUUAUCAAACACCACGAGUUCAUGUUUCACCGGUAUUAUGUACAUAUUGCAAGGGUGAGCACUACAUAUUCAACUGCAAGGAAUUUGUGAAUCAGACGGUUGAUGCGCGACAAGAGUUUGUGAAGAAGAAUUAUUUAUGUUACAAUUGCCUUCAACCGAAUCAUAAUGUAUACCGAUGUAAACAAAGGAAAACAUGUCGAGUUUGCGGAAGAAAACAUCAUUCACUUUUACAUAAAUUUAGACUGACACAUACGGACGAAGAGGAACAACCACAACCAGAACAAAACAUCACAACAGCACACUUCUCUAGAGAACAACCCGAUCAACAAGUAUUGUUAGCGACAGCACAAGUUAUGGUCAAAGCGAAGAACGGUUACACACACAUGCUUCGUGCUUUAAUUGAUCAGGGAUCAGUGGCCACAUUCGUUUCUGCGAGAGCAGCGGCACUUUUGGGUUGUACAAAAUCCAAAAUCAACGGUGUAGUCUCAGGAGUGGGAGAAGGAAAUCGUAUACAAAUACAACAUCUAGUCGAUCUCGCAGUUUCGUCACGAUGGAAAAAUGAAGAUGAUAGUAUUGAAGUCAGGGCUUACAUUCUUAAGACUAUUUCAACAAGAAGAAUUGACAUGUUGUUGGGAGCGGAUGUCUAUUGCAAAAUUAUAGAAGAAGGAUUGGUAAAAUUGUCAGAUGGGUUAGUGGUGCAGAAAACACGUUUGGGAUGGAUUAUAUCAGGUCGAAGAGAUGAAAAGAUUAUGGAUAACAAACACAAUAACACUACAUGGUUAUACAGGAUGGUAUACAGGAUGGUGGAAGAAGAUAAUGAUUUACUUAGAAGGUUCUGGGAAAUAGAAACAGAUGUCUACAAAAAGAAGAAGAUUCAAACAAAAGAAGAAGAACUAUGUGAGGAGAUUUACAAGAAUACAACAAGAAGAGAUUCAACAGGACGAUAUGAAGUACAUUUACCGUUAAAACAAAGUAUAGAAGACACGAUUAAAUUAUGUGGAAAAACAAAAGAGCAAGCUCUGAGAAGAUUUACACAACUAGAAAAGAAAUUCGAAAGAGAUGAGAAGUUGAAAAUAGAAUAUACAAAGGUUAUACAUGAAUACAAGGCAAUGGGUCACAUGAAACAGGUAAAGAAUGUCAAUAACGAUAAUGCUAUUUAUCUGCCGCAUCAUGCAGUAAUACGUGAUGACAAAGAAACGACGAAGGUACGAGUCGUCUUUGAUGCAUCGGCUAAAGGUUCUAAUGGCUAUUCAUUAAAUGAUUGUAUGAUGAUUGGACCUGUGUUACAGCCAGACCUCAGAAGUUUAAUUAUAGCGUGGCGAAUGCAUAAGAUAUGUGUUGUGGGGGACAUCGUUAAGAUGUAUAGAAUGAUCAACAUGACUGCUAAACAUACACCUUUACAACGCAUCUUAUGGCGAGAUAAUCCUCAUGAUCAAAUUGAAGAAUAUGACCUAACAACUGUAACCUUUGGUACAGCAGCAGCUCCUUAUUUGGCUGUGCGAACUUUAAUACAAUUAGCAGAUGAUGAGGUGCAUAAUUAUACGGACACUGCUGUUAUUAAAAGGGCUUUCUAUAUGGAUGACCUCAUGACAGGAAAUGAAAAUAUUGAGAAGACAAGGAACAUGUGUAAAGAAAUAACAGAAAUAUUAGCUAAAGGAGGGUUUCAAAUGCAGAAAUGGUCUAGUAAUUCAGAAGAAGUAUUGAACUAUUUACAAAGAAAUGAUAUUGAUGCAAGGGACAAGAUAAAUAUAAAGUUAGAUGAUGUAAUAAGAAUUCUCGGAUUAACAUGGGAUAGAAAGGAUGAUGCAUUCAAAGUAUCAGUCAACUUACCAGAAAUGAAGCUUCCUGUAACAAAGAGGACAAUUCUAUCUGAUGUGGCUCGACUUUUUGAUCUUUUUGGGUGGCUUUCGCCUGUAAUUGUUACUGCGAAGAUUUUAAUACAAGGAUUAUGGAUAUGUAGCCUAGGAUGGGACGAUCAACAAACUCCGGAUUUACGCGAAGAGUGGAUAAGAUACAGAGAACAACUUACACAUUUGCAAAACCUCAAGAUACCACGCUGGUUAAAAACUACACUUGAUAAUGACAAAGUUGAAUUGCACGGUUUUGCAGAUGCAUCUGCUCAAGCUUAUGCUGCUGUAACAUAUCUGAGAGUUUUUCAUGAUGACAAAAUACAUGUAACUAUACUUGCAUCACGAACCAAGGUUGCACCAUUGAAGCAAAUAUCAGUACCAAGAUUGGAACUUUGCGCUGCAGCCCUACUAGCGGAGCUUAUUGAGGAUCUUGUGGAAGUACUCAAAGUACCUAAACAUAGAAUAUUCGCCUGGACGGAUUCAAUGGUUGUACUUUCAUGGUUACAAUGUCAACCGAUUCACUUGAAGACUUUUGUUGCAAAUCGGGUUGGAGGUAUAACACGAGUCUUGGAUAAUGAAUGUUGGAGACACGUCAAAUCUGCCGAGAAUCCUGCAGAUAUUGCAACCAGAGGCAUUGACGCAUGUGAUCUAGUAGAUUCUGAGAUUUGGUGGAUGGGACCGGUUUGGUUACAACAAACAAACCUUCAACUUGAGAGAUGUGAUGUUCCAAAAAUAGAUUUAGAAAUGAGGAAGCUAAAAUGCAAUGUUAUUAUAGAAGAAAAGCCAAUUUGGGAGAGAUUUUCCACUAUGUCAAGAAUGAAACGGGUUCUCGCAUAUUGUAGAUUUGACAAGGCUAAAGUGAAGAGCCAGUUCAUGGGUCAGCUACCAGCAAUGCGAGUCAAUCGACAUCGACCGUUUAUUAACAGCGGAGUCGAUUAUGCUGGUCCCGUAUGGAUAAGAACAUCUAAGGGACGUGGUCACCAUGCGACUAAAAGUUAUAUAUGUUUGUUUGUCUGCAUGGCGACACGCGCUAUACAUUUGGAAGCUGUGACAGAUCUAACUUCCCAAGCGUUUAUAGCUGCGUUUAGAAGAUUUGUCGCUCGCAGAGGCCACUGUGCUCACCUUUGGAGCGACAAUGGAACUAACUUUGUAGCCGCAGCUAAAGAGAUUAAAGAUUUAUUUAGUACGGGUAAGAGUAAUAUUUCUAAUGAAAUAGCCGAAGUCUUAGAAAACGACGGAACAACGUGGCAUUUUAUUCCGCCAAGAAUGCCAUCAUACGGAGGUCUGUGGGAAGCAGGCGUUCAAUCCGCAAAGAGGCACAUAAAUAGAGUUAGUAAGAACAGCACCUUGACGUAUGAAGAAAUGUGUACUCUCUUGGCCCAGGUUGAAGCUUGUUUGAAUUCUCGCCCGUUAUGUCAAACCGAUGAUGAUAUGGAGACACCCCUUACGCCUGGUCAUUUCUUGGUGGGCGAAACUUUGAUUGGUGUACCCGACGCUAGCUAUGAUAAUAUGAAGAUUGGUGCGUUGUCUAGAUGGCAACUCGUACAGAGGAUGACACAGGAUUUUUGGCGCCGGUGGCAACUCGAAUAUCUGAAUACACUACAACAACGCUACAAGUGGCAGGUCAGCGUACCAUCACCUCAAAUCGGAGAUAUGAUGGCUAAUGGGACGAGUGAAGGAUCUACAUCCCGGGGCAGACAACCAUGUCCGUGUGGUGACAGUACAGUGCCAGGGUAA